GGAGUGUUCGUGUGGAGACAGCUACCUCUGUGUACCUGCUGUUUGUCCAGCACUUCCAGCACAUAAGGACCAUGAUGUUCUGCGCGUGGCGUGGGGACCAGUGUCCCGUCUCCGUCUCCUCCGCUGCGCGCUGCUGGGCUGUUCUGGAGGCGCCGGGCUGUGACGGUUAGGAUGCACUAUUUAUCGCUUCGCUUUGCUUUGUGUUUCUCCUCCUCUGGACUCAGGAGUCUGUGACGAGCAGAGAUCUGCUAAAUAAAACAGCAGAAGCCAAUUCAACUUUAUGAGCGAGAAGAUGCGAUUAGAGCAGAUUCCGUGUUCAGUAUGUAAUACCCUCCGGAAAUGAUGGUUGGCGUCUGCCUGACCAGUGUGUUCAUGGAAUUAGUUUGUUAAAAAUAAGGCGAAUUAGAAACUGCAGGAAAUUACUUGAGGAACAAAUAUGCAGGUGUUACGUGAUUAUCUAUGUUGAUAUUCUGAUUGUGUCCAAAUUCAAAAAAUGAUUUGACUGUAGUGCAUAAACAGUGAGAACAGAUGUGGGUAUUUGGCCGCGCUCGCGGUCCGGCCGGUAUAUCCCCCGCCAGGCUGUAGUGUGAGAGCUACACGGCUCCCGGACGCGCUGUUAUGUUUUCUCACAUGGUGUUACUUUCCGAACCUGAACUGUGUCUUCGACUCCUCAAGCUCCUACUCCAGUUAAAAUGACUUCGCCUGAGAACGAUGAGACCGGAACCGAUACGUCGGAGUGUCUCGAGGUCAGCGAUUUCGGAAGCGGGUAUGAUGACUCGGGGAGUGGUUAUAUGUCCCGAAGUUUGCCCGUUCUCAGUGGGACGCGGCAGGAAGGUGAGAAGCGUUCUCUGGGGUCUCGAUGGGACAGUGCGGUGCAGACCUCAGUCCACUCUGACCAGUUUGUCUUCCCUGGACUCCAGCAGCAGAGUGAGUUAAGCAAGCCGGACAUCUCGCUCACUGUGUCCAGCAUGACGGAUGUGGAGAGAAGCUCCCUGCACCCUGAUUCCGGCGCAGACAAUGACAGGAGACUUGGCUUCUCUCUGGCUAGGUUCAUGGCCUUCUCGGCAAAGAAACGCAGACGGAGGAUCCUGUCGGACUCCAGGUUUUUCCUCAUCUGUAUGUGCUACCUGACCUUCAUCCAGUCGCUGAUGGUCUCGGGUUACCUGAGCAGUGUCAUCACGACCAUAGAGAAGCGUUACAGCCUGAGGAGCUCCGAGUCUGGGCUGCUGGUUAGCUGCUUCGACAUUGGCAGUCUGCUGGUGGUGGUCUUCAUUAGCUAUUUCGGGGGGCAGGGCCAGAGACCGCGCUGGCUGGCGGUUGGUGGGGUCUUCAUUGCCGUGGGUGCAGCUCUGUUCUCCCUGCCACACUUCAUCUCCGCCCCCUACCAGAUCCAGGAGGUGAACUCGUCCCAUGGACUCCAUGGCCUAUGCAUGGGGGGCAGGGCCGGGGGCGGGGCCGGGGGCGGGGAGAGCAGCGAGGGUGGUCUGGACACGGCGUCGUGCCCGCGUGACCACGAGGCCAACGACCACUCCGUCUACGUGGCACUUUUCAUCUGUGCCCAGAUACUUGUGGGCAUGGGCUCCACCCCCAUCUACACGCUGGGGCCCACCUACCUGGACGACAACGUGAAGAAGGAGAACGCCUCACUCUACCUCGCUGUCAUGUAUGUGAUGGGGGCACUGGGUCCAGCAGCUGGGUACUUGCUUGGCGGGGUCCUCAUUGGCUUCUACGUAGACCCCAAAACCAUCGUCAACAUUGACCAGAGUGAUCCUCGUUUCAUUGGUAACUGGUGGAGCGGUUUCCUGCUGUGUGCUGUUGCCAUGGUGCUGGUCAUCUUCCCCAUGUUCACCUUCCCCAAGAAGCUGCCGCCACGCCAGAAGAAGAAAAAGGUCCACGCCAACAAUGCAUCCAGCACCGAUGAUGUCAUGAAGGAGAAAUCCAGCAAUGAUGAUGUCAUGAAGGAGAACUCCAGCAAUGAUGACAUCUUGAAGGAGAAAUCUAGCAAUGAUGACAUCAUUAAGGAGAAAUCCAGCAAUGAUGAGGUCAUGAAGGAGAAAUCCAGCAAUGAUGAGGUCAUGAAGGAGAAAUCCAGCAGCAGUAGCCAUACGGUUGCAUCUGCCAUGGGCUUCGGAAAGGACAUCAAAGAGCUUCCCAAGGCAGCCGGACGGAUCCUGAGUAACGUGACGUUCCUGUUCGUCAGUCUGUCCUACACAGCGGAGAGUGCCAUCGUCACCGCCUUCAUUACCUUCAUCCCCAAGUUCAUCGAGUCCCAGUUUGGCAUUCCAGCCUCCAAAGCCAGUAUCUACACAGGAGUGAUCAUCGUGCCCAGCGCAGGUGUGGGCAUCGUUCUAGGUGGGUACAUCAUUAAGAAACUUUGUCUGGGUGCGCGGGAAUCGGCCAAGCUGGCUAUGAUCUGCAGUGGAGUGUCUCUCCUCUGCUUCUCCACACUCUUCAUCGUUGGCUGUGAGAGCAUCAACCUGGGAGGCAUCAACAUUCCCUACACCACUGGGCCUACCCUGACACUGACCCACAGAAACCUGACGGGCGGCUGUAAUGUGAACUGUGGCUGCAGGAUACAUGAGUACGCUCCUGUCUGCGGUUCCGAUGGCAUCACCUAUUUCAACCCCUGCCUGGCAGGCUGCAGGAGGGUUGCCAAUGACAGCAGCGGGAUCAGAAACUAUAGUGACUGUGCAUGUGUACAGAGCAGGCAGGUCAUUUCUCCUCCCAACCAGCUCCAGCUGGUCAUCGUAAAAACUUACCUGAAUGAGAACGGUCACGCCCUGCUGGGGAAGUGCAGCCGCUCCUGCAACACGCUCAUCCCCUUCCUCAUCUUCCUCUUCAUCGUUACCUUCAUCACUGCGUGUGCUCAGCCCUCAGCUAUCAUCGUCACUCUCAGGUCAGUGGAGGAGCUGGAGAGGCCGUUUGCGCUGGGGAUGCAGUUUGUGCUCCUCCGCACGCUCGCCUACAUUCCGACGCCCAUCUACUUCGGUGCCGUGAUCGACACCACAUGCAUGCUGUGGCAGCAGGACUGUGGCGUGCACGGCUCCUGCUGGGAGUAUGAUGUCACUUCCUUCCGCUUUGUGUACUUUGGCCUGGCCGCCAGCCUCAAGUUUGUGGGGUUCAUCUUCAUCUUCCUCACCUGGUACUCCAUCAAGUAUAAGGAGGAGCAGCUGGUGCGCUGCCCCCAGGUCCUGCCGCCACCACUGGGCACUGUGAGCGAGCUCGUGUGCCACGUUGGAGGUCACAAGAGCCACGCACGCACGCGUUCCUGCCCCGUGUUCACACUCAGGCCCGAUUUGCACGAGCAGGCCUCACCCACAGUGCUCAACCGUGGCCCCAGCAGCCAGAGCUGCCCCGGGAACACACUUAAAGCAAUAACUCCCGCCGGCCACGCCCGUGUCUGAGCGCCAGCCCUGUCUUCAGACUCCGCCCAGUUCCAUGUGCCUUCCUGUCACGUGUUUCUCCUCCAUUGGCCAGGUGUAUUGGCCCCUCCCCCUCACUUUUUUGCCUGCUCCCCUUAUUAGAGACCCUGACUGCGCUGAAGGUGACAUCAUAUUUAAAUGAGCUGUCGGUGUGUCAGACAUGAUGCUGAAGAAAACAUUGUGACAUCAUAUGGUGCUAAAUGGAACCGGGGAAGGGGCUUAUUCUCUCUAACGUGUGACGUCUUGAAUGUUAAGAUGACAUCCAAACACACGACAAGCACAACUGCAACCUCGGACUAUGCAAGUUCAAGCAUUACACCCGUCUGUGUGAUUACCGUCACCUAUGUACCUCCUCAUUCAGUAUUUGAGAUGGACACACACUUACACUUUCACUCUUUCUGUCUUUUAACGUGGCUUGUGGUGAUAUGGAGCCCCACCUUCUGAUGGCCACUGCUGGCCCGUACGGAGCAGAUAGCUUCGUUGAGGUGUCAUGCAGGAACGUCAUGCAAGAAUGCUGCUCCACUGGGAUGUGUCCCGUACCACCACACCAGUUGAUUCAGUGCCUACGGACCCCCACGCAAGCAGACACUUGCCAGCCAGGCCAAGAUCAGACAGACAGCUGAACUGUCAGGAGUCGCUCCUUUUCCUCCUCGUCAUCAUCCCUAGAGCACUAACAUUGUGGUAGAAUUCAGUGAUGGACUGGCUAGCAAGAGUUCUGUAAUACUGAAAAUAAAUGAAAAAACACAAGCAAACAAACCAAACCAAACCUGCUCCAUUCAGCAUGGACCCUGCGCCCAGGACGCUGUUGGAGCAAAACCAGAACCGCUGUCUCGUCAGCAACAAGAUGAUGCCUGUGAAGGAAAGCUAACGUGUCAACUCACUACGCAGGCUGUGAGGAUGACGAGUGCAGCACACAUGAAUGAAACAUGCACAGGGACUGGGGCAUGCAUUCUCUAACGCGCGGUCAGUGUCCAGUCAUAGCAAUACUAUGAAUUAAGAAAUUGUCCAUUAAUUAUGUUUAUUAAUGCAAGUGUAAAUUUUCCAAAAAAAGUUAAUCCAUAGUUUUCUCUGUCUAUAAAAUAUUCUAAACAUAGGUGUAGAAUUUACAAAGAAUGCAUCUUUUAAAACAACUGACAAAGUGUUGCAGUAUGUGCAGUACUUUUGUAAGUCGCUCUGGAUAAGAGCGUCUGCUAAAUGCCAUAAAUGUAAAUGUUAACAUGUGGACUUGACCACGAAGCUGCCAUAACCCUCUAAACCUGCUCCUGCCUCCCACGUGAGGCCAGUUUGGCUCUGGGAAUAUGAUCUGAUCACAUGGGAAUAUGACUGGAAAUCUUUUGAAGUCUAUAAUGCCGCUUGCUUACUAACUGUGACUGCAAACAGAACAGAAUGCUGGGAAAUAUAACUCCUCUCAUUUUAAAAGAACCAAAAUUCAUUGGACAGUUGGCCGCUUAGUUGUUUCUUGGGCAUUAUAUAAGAUUAUUUGAUUAUGUACGCAAUCCCCUGAAGGGGGAGGGGGCUGUAUGUCCUGUGUGGUUUAACCAACACAUGCAUAAAUACCUUCAGUUUAAUUCUACUAGCUAACACGGAAGCUAACAUGAAACAGAAUAAUAAUGUAUCUGGCUGAUAACAUACAGUAUUAAUGGUGAUGCAGGAUGUAGCUAAAUAAAUAUCUUAAUAUCUUAAUAAUUA